AUGGCAGCGACCUUCAAGCCGGUGACACACGUAAUUUUCGACCUGGACGGCGUGAUUUUGGACACCGAGAAGAUGCACGAGGAGGCGGUGCAGGCGAUCGCCGACCGUUACGGCAAGAAGUACACGUGGGACCUGAAGCUGAAGUUGAUGGGUACCACCGGCGCAGACUCUGCGCGAAUGGUGAUCGAUGGCCUGAACUUGCCGCUCACCGUGGACGACUACCUGGUAGACUUGGGCCGCAUCUACGCCGAGAAGUACCCCAAGGUUACCCUUAUUCCAGGCGUCGACCGACUUGUGCGUCACUUGCACAAGCACGGCGUGCCCUUGGCGAUCGCUACCAGCUCGAAGCGCGUCUCAUUCACUCUCAAGACGGCGCGCCACAAGGAGCUGCUGGCGCUCUUCCACCACGUGGUCUGCUCAGGCGACGACCCCGCAGUGAAGCACGGAAAGCCGCAUCCGGACAUCUUCCUGGUCGCAGCGUCCAAGUUCGAAGGGAAGCCACCGCCCGAAAAAAUUCUGGUAUUCGAGGACGCCCCUAACGGUGUCACUGCCGCUCUCGCCGCUGGAAUGCAAGUUGUCAUGCUACCGGACCCUCGGAUGGACGAACAAAACAAGCGUCGGGCCACCCUGUGCAUCGACUCACUGAUGAACUUCAAGCCUGAGGUCUUCGGCCUACCGCCUUUUGAAGACACCGCUAAGAAUUGUUAG